AUGGUCAAGGAAGAGCAGCCACAUGUGCUUGUACUGAUGGGUCCAUUCGUUGACAGCAAAAAUACGUUCAUCCAACGAGCGGAGUUUCCAGAAACUUAUGAUGGAGUACUUGAACAGCUGAUGCGCAACGUUGCCAAAGCUCUUGAUGGUUGUCGAACUGAGUUGAUUGUGCAGCCAGCGCCAUCGCGAGAUCUAUGUUGUGCACCUUUUUUCCCCACGCCACCUUUGGAAAUAAGCUCCGAUGUUUGUAAAAGGAUGGGAAAGCGACUGCAUUCAGUUCCUGAUCCAUGUAUAGUCCGUGUCAACGGGAUAGAAAUAGCUCUAACGAGUAGUGAGGUAGGUGCUGUGGUUCCUCGAGAUCUUCUCAUCCCACAAUUUUUUGUGUUUAUGAUAAAGCUUCGAUGUAUGAUAAUUGCACAUCUGAGCAAAAACGAAUGGCAUCGCUCUGAAGAUCAAGAAAAUCGUGAUCGAAUUUCACGCUUAGCUUCACAUCUGCUCAGCCAACGAUCCUUGUAUCCACUAUAUCCACCAUGUUUGCCGAUGUCCACAGAAGAAAGCCUGAAAAUAUGUGCACUACAGAGUGCUCCACAUGUUGUCAUUGCCUCUUCGGUUCUGUCCGCUUCGAUAAAGAACAUAAAUGGCACCGUAGUGGCGAAUCCCGGUAUAAUGGCACGUGGAGGCAUGGGCACGUUCCUUCGUUGU